AUGUAUGUAUUAUGUGUGUGUGUAUGUAUGUAUAUAUGUAUGCAUGUAUUAACAUAUAUGGAUAUAUUAACAUGUAUGGGCAGACACGAAGGCAGAUAAACAUAAGAAACUGUUACACGUCUCAAAAGUUGCAUAAACUCACAAUUAGAUAUUCACGAACACAUGACCACAUAGAGACGAACAGAUACUCAUAGACACAACACACACACACACACACACACACACACACACACACACACACACACACACACACACACACACACACACACACACACACACACACACACACACACACACACACACACACACAUACACACACACACACACACACAAAGUAUGUAUGUCCUGCUAAAUGAUUUGUUUUAAUUAUACUCUAUAUACAGGAGGGUAGCAAAAGCGAAACGGAAAAAAUCAUGACUAUAUCGUUCUAAUUUGACAGAGAAGAGCGAUAUUCUAGAAACCAAGGAUGCUGGUACCUACAACCCGCGAAGAAAGAAACCUUUUUGACUGUAACUCGAGCUUAACGAUUCUCCGCUUCUCGGCAUUGUGGGCACAGCACAUGAGAAUCUGUCAGAAGACCUGAUGGUGAGUGACUUGCCCUGCAAUCUUGAAAGUUGAAGAGUUUUAACCUGACUAGACCCCCUUCUAUCACUGCUGCCUAGUCUUACCGAGUCGAAUUGUGACAGAAUUUAAAUUCAGAACGUAUGACGGACGAAAUGCCGAUAAGCAAUUUAUUCGGCAUGCUAAUGAUUCUGUCAGCUUAUCGCUUUUUUCGUUUUUUACGCUCCAUAAUAUAAUUGUAUGAACCAGUCUGUUUUCAUAAUCACGUCAUUAGGCGGCGUUUUUCAGUAGAGAUUGCAACGAGACAACUACUGAUUGUAACAUGGAGGAUGAGCCAAGCGUUUUAAAGGAAUUACACGAGGAAUUAGAUGUUGGAGAAUUCAAAGAUUUGUCAGUAUCUGAAAUUACAGAAGAAAUAUUGAAGAAAUGUGGUGGAUUUGGUUUAUUUCAAAAGAAACUUACUAUUUAUACUUUAAUUUUUGUAAUAUCUCACUCUCAAGCUAUAUUAACAAUGGUGUUUAUAAGAGAGGGAGUUCCGUUUGCUUGUUAUCCUUCAAAUUUCAAUGAAUCUUUGAUUCCACCAAAUAUCACCUUGGAUGAAUUCUUAAACAAAGCAGCUGUCGAAGAUGAGAGAUGCUCUGUGUAUAACCUGGAUACUAAAGAAGGGUUUUAUAUCCUUCCCACCAGUAAUUCUACAAAGGAACCGUUGCAAGAAUGUGUCACCCAAAACUACAGAAUGCGUUUGAAUUACCUCAUGCAUGGAACUUUCGGUAUUGGAGCAAUGAUUCUCGCUGGUGUGGCAUAUGUAUUUCCUAAAUGGCAACAUCUGUUAUACGCUUCAAUUAUUCCACCAACGUUCUUAUUUUCACACUAUACAUUUUUCUUUUCAGGAAACUUUUGGUUUCCACUGAUAUUAGCUGUCCUUGGGAAGUUAGGCGCAACGGCAUCAUUUGAUGGUGUUUAUCUGACAUCAGCAGAAAUAUUUCCAACAGCAGUACGCAAUGGUGGCAUGGGAACUGCUUCAUCAUUUGCUCGAUUUGGUGGUCUCAUUUCAGCACCGAUGCUUGGGCUUGCUAUAUACGGUUCUUGGAUACCGCUAAGCAUCUAUGGAGUCUUUGGAAUUGUUGCUGGUUUGCUGGUCCUUUUACUUCCUGAAACGAAGGAUGCUUGUUUACUUCAAACACUUGAAGAUAUGGAUAAUUUGUAGAUUUGUAGAAAAUCUUUUGCGGCAUUUUCAAGUUUAAUGUAAACAAACGUGAAAUGUCGAAACAUUUGAUAUCACAUUUACGUCAAUAUAUUGCUUUAGUUUAGAUAUUUGCUAAUUAUUCAUUACAUUUAUUUUUUAUUAUUACAAAUGUACAAAUCUCAGACUUUCAAUAAAGGAAUAAAUAUGCGA